AUGGGAAGCGCAAUAAGCAAAAGAACAGACAUAGACGAGAAUAAUCGUGAUUGUAACGCUCCUUCUGUGCAUUCUUAUUUUCGAGUUUCCAAUUUCUCUGCACGAUCCAGAAACAUUCCUUCCACCAUUUCCUCCAGUUCUUUUAUUCUGCGGUCUCUUUCAGCGAUUUCACGCCUACCCUCACCAUCUUCUUCCUUCAGAACGUUGAUGAUUUCCAUAUGUGUUCUCAAUUCAUCAUCUUUUCCAACAACACACUUGGUGAGUUCAUCCAGACGUUUCCGUGUCUCUUCAAGCUCUCGUUCCAACUUCUGUGCGUAUACGGCUUUUUCUCGCAUUUCUCUAGCAACCAUUUGUUCAUUUGUCAUGGGGAAACUAAAUCCUUCGCCUCCAGCAGCACGAAGUGAGCGGAUUUCAUCUUCAGCGAUUGAGACACGUUCUCUUUCCGCUACAAGGAGAGCGAAAGUCUCAUCUAGUUUGUGACUCAAUUCUUUGCAGUUCGAAGCGGUCGUUUUAUUGCUUUCUGUUAAAUCAGCGAUUUUGCGAUGA